CUGGGUUCUCUUUCAGAGCUGGUGAGGAUCUUCUUUUGUUUCACAGACCGCCCAGCGAGCUUGUGCGAAGCUCUGCGCGAGCUGUGCGCUUUCGCCUUUGCGCCUAAGCAGCCAUGUCAGUGGGGCUGCUUCUCACGGCCAACAGCGUUCCAUGCGGUGCGCAUGCGAAGCGUGAGUAUCGUGGCAUGGACAUUCGACCACGCCAGAUUCUGGCCACCUCCUUCCACGACCACACCGUUCAGCACCUGCAUUUGACCUCUACCUUCAAGAAGCUUUGGAUUACUUGAGGCUUAGGACCGUGGGAAUCCACUUGCCUCCGGGAACCCAGCAUGGUGAUGCUUGGGAUUCGGAUGGCCAACUACUUUUUGAGGAGGUAGUUGGAGACAGCAGGCAUCAGCAUGUACACCAACUUGGAAACAUUUUUUUUUGACCUAUCCAAUAUCCAUGUUUCUUCACACCUUUUCACAAUCCCAUCAUAUCCAUCCCAAUAUCAUGUUGCCCCAGGUCCGACCGGUGUUUCUGGGCUCUAAGGAAGACGAAGCGCCACUUAAAGGUCUUGCAAGCGGACAUGGCGACGCCCCUACGGAGAAUCCGAUCCGAGCCGCAGGUGUCCAGCGACACGGUUCCCUCCGUGGAACUGGCGGGUCCGCUCCAGAAGAGUGCCUACAAGCCAGUGUGGGAUCUACCCGAAGAGCCAAUGGAGUUCUCGAAGAUGGAGUCCUUGAAUGACUCCUGGAACCGAAGUCGGAGCAGCCUCAAAGGGAGAUCCAACACCUCGAUGAAUGUCUCGAUGAAUUUCCUUCAGAAGUCCUUGCAGAAUGACUACGAGCAGCAGGCGCAAUGGAACAGCAAGUGGAGUUUUAAGCGCCGUCGGGAUGGAGGUUUCUGGGCGAAGUGAGAUCUCCAUUCUUUGCCUUUCUGCCUGAGCGAGGAUGAUAUGUGAGCUUGUUUGAACAGAUGAGGACCACCCAGUGUGACACUAAGUAGAAGCAAAG